AUGGGUAUUAUCUACUACCUCCUCACUGCCCUCGUCCUUUUAAUUGAACUUUCUAAAGCCGGUAUGGGUCCACAUCAUUUUCCCGCACCCAUGGGUCCGAUGGUUCCCAUGAAAGGCCAUAUGAAAGGGGGCGCCAUUCUUCCUCCUUUCCCUGAUGGCGGAAUGUUUAAAGCCCCAGUUCCUCUCACUCCUUACGCUUACGGACCCCAUCCAUAUGAGUUAUACGGUGGAUUCUCUUAUGCCCCGGCAAGUUUUCUCUCGAAUUACUAAAAAACGAAGUUUUCAGAGGAUGCUCACCGCGUUGAAACUGAUAUGUUCGCUCCUGUACCUUUCGGCUUCGAGGAUGCUCACCGCGUUGAAACUGAUAUGUUCGCGCCUGUACCUUUCGGCUUCGGUGGAUUCAUCAAGAAGGCUUAA